AGUCUGCGUUAAGAUUCUCACUAGAAUGGAUACCUGGUCCCGGUUCUGUCAUCGGAAAUGAGUGCUUCGUGGCGCACGGAAACCGGUUGCGCGUGAUUACAGUGAGUAACGUAAUGUCUUCUGUGGUGCUCUCAUAAAUUUCUAGGAUACACGGGGAUACGUUAUGUGAUGGGAAGAUGUGAUUUGUGUUCGGAGCUUGCUAGUGUGGUGUUAUUUUUUCGAUCUAGAAUCUCAAAUUUCAAAGUAAUCAAGUGCCAUGCUCGUGCCGCAUUUAAAUCGAAAAUAUUUACAUAUGCUUUCAUAGUGCUCUCGUGUUAGCUCCAUGUAUGAGAUUGGUUACAAAAUAUCUUCCGAAGAAGAUACGCCGAGCAUGGAUAUCUACCUAAAUUCUCCGAGCGAUGGAUUGAGCUCGAGUUUAGCUAAACUAGACGAGGAUAUAGCUGAUAUGAGCUUUGAUGCCGGAUCAGAAUUUAAUCUACAUUUUUUCGAUACGCCGGAGGAUUCCAACACACAAAGUGGGCUGAGUGAUCACGACGAAUCGGUGGAGUCGAGCUCGCUGGAUCCAUCAUCCAGCCCCGGGCCACCUACGUUCUCUCAACCGCUCCCUACGCUGGCGAUCGCUGUCGACCAAGAUCCGAUUUCGAGCACGAUCGUAGUGACCAGUUCGGCGCCUCCAAUGACAUUGGUCAAUCCAUCCACCUGUUUGGUGAUAACUUCCUCGGAGAUAGCAAAGGUUUCUUCCAGCAGUUUCGAGCAGAGACCCAACUCUAGAACAGAGCAGCAGUGUGCCGGUUCGGAUGCCAGCUCCACCACCUCGUCGAAAACGUUCGUAGCCUGCAAGGUGUGCGGAGACAAGGCCUCCGGCUACCAUUACGGGGUAACGUCGUGCGAAGGCUGCAAAGGAUUCUUCCGGCGCAGCAUCCAGAAGCAGAUCGAGUACCGUUGCCUGCGCGAUGGAAAGUGUCUGGUCAUACGACUAAAUAGGAACCGGUGCCAGUACUGUCGCUUCAAGAAAUGUUUGGCCGUUGGAAUGAGCAGAGACUCUGUCCGCUAUGGACGAGUUCCAAAGAAAUCGCGCGAAGCCGGAAAUUGUCCUGAAGAAAUGAACAUUUGUGUAAACUCGACGACGCCUACCCAGGUGUCUCAGUUAAGCAGCUGCGGUGGACCCCCCACGUCGACAGUCGCUGUGAUUAGUGCCAGCAAUAAUAUUAAUAAUAAUAGUAAUACAAACAGCAACAAUUAUAAUAUAAUUAACAAUAAUAACAACAACAACAACAAUAACAAUAAUAACAAUAUCAACAAUAACAAUAAUAAUAUCGGAAUCGGAGCCGGCACCAUGACCAACUGUGCCGAAAUCAGCACGUCAACCGCUGUCGUCACCACGAUUUUGCCCGACUCAUUGACCCUCAACCCGCCGGAACUGUCCAUCUACGAUAUUAUUCAUUGCGUUGCUCAGGCGCACCGCGGCCAUUGCACAUACACAACGGAGCUGGUCAAGGAGUUGAGCCGAAUAUCGCUGAUCAACUACAGUGAGAAGAACAAUCUAAUUCCGCAUUCACUGGAUUCAAUCGAGGACCAACGCGUUUGGCUGUGGCAGCAAUACGCUCUCCGAAUGACUCCCUCGGUACAGCGGAUCGUAGAGUUUGCCAAACGAGUUCCUGGCUUCAGCGAGUUUCUCCAAGAUGACCAACUGAUUCUGAUCAAGUUGGGAUUUUUUGAAGUGUGGUUGAGUCAUGUCGCCAGAGCAUCCAACGACAGUUCACUCACAUUCGACGAUGGAGUCUAUAUUACACGGCAACAGCUAGAGGUGAUAUACGAUAUUGAUUACUCGAAUGCACUGUUUAAUUUUAUCACUGGACUGAACAACUGCUGCUUAAGUGAUACUGAAAUAGGAUUAUACUCGGCUCUGAUUCUGCUCUCAGAUCGGCCGGGUCUUACAGAAACCAAGGUUAUUCUGAAGACGCGAGAAUGCAUUGCAGAAGCAUUGCGUGUGCAAAUCACUAGGACACGAUCCGAUGCAGUUAGUGCACUGCAGAUCAUGCCAGCACUAGAGGCUAAAAUCCAUGAACUGCGAACCCUGGGUGAAAAGCAUUUCAUUCAUCUGGAAUGGUUCCGACAGAACUGGAGUUCCAUCCGAUUGCCGCCAUUGUUCGCGGAGAUUUUCGACGUCCCCAAAUGCGAGGAGGAUUUGCAGUAGUAGGAGACUGCAGUAUUGGCCAAUACAUUCUAUUAUUGAAGAUAUUCUGUAUAGGUAUAGUAAUAUCGGACGAAUCAAGACUUGCCAAAUCUAUAUCAAUAUAUGUAUGUAAUCGUAGCGAAUUUAGAUCAAUGUUAGUUGAAUCGAUUUUUCUGUUGGCUUCUUUACAAUCAUUCCGAACUCGCUGGUUGUAGUAGAACUUGACUCCAGUUAUCACUUAUAUGCAUAGAUAGUCGAAUUUAACUUAACAUUGUCGUAUAGCGAAGUAAGCUAAUAGAGCAGCAACCACAAUAUCAAAAUCAUAAACUAUUUACAUAUCAUUGGUAUCGAUGUGAAGUUGAAACUAGUAAACCUUAACCGCAACACAUACGAUCAAGACUCUCCUGCUACUUCCUUUAGAAACGAGUGAAACCCCAUUUUAUCUAUUAGGAAACAUGCCAUUUGGUGCUAAUAUAGAACCAAUCUUAUCAACAAAAAAAAGUAUAUGUUAGGUAACCGAAUGAAUAGCAACCACAGCAUGGUGGUUUCACAACAUUGGUCGAAAAAACCUAUCGCAUUUCGAAUAUCUGCUUGAACAACAAGAACCACACCAACGGUAUCGAAGACAAAUAACUAUGUACUAUGUAACUACAACUGUGAAUUCCUUCCUGGUGAAUUGAGCCACUUUUGAAAAGUGAGAUACUAUUGAGCAACUUAUACCGUUUUUAGGAUUAGUUAAUUUAAGUGCACGUAUAUUGCGCAAUUGAUAAAGACUCUCCUUAGUUCAAAUUGACGGUAGGGUGGAACUAACCUCCACCUACACGUGCUGCACACUUAAAUAUGUACACAAUUAUACUCACAUACACACAGAUGUGAAUGAAAGCGAUAAGUAAUAAACUGGUGCUGUACCUUUAAAUUGUAAUUUUAGGCAAAUUUUAAACUGAAUGGUAGCUUUAAGGCAUUUCGUUAGUGCACAGAGAACGAUAAAUUGUUACGGAAAUCAGCGGUAAAUUGUCAUAGAAGGCAGUGCAGUGACAAUUUUGUAAGGCAUGUACAAGUUGCUGUGAAAUCGGGUGUUAUUCAGCUAUUUCUGCUAAACUAUUACACGCGCAGAUUUUGUUAUUUAGUAUACUUUACAUGUACGCCACAUCCCAUUCCGUUAUACAAACGUUAUACAAAUGCAUCUACGACGAAGAGACCGCAUCAUAUUUUUCGCUCAACUGGCACUUCGCUUAAUUGUAAUUAGAAAUGAACUAUAUUUUAUUAACUUUUUAUACAUUGCUUACAUUGAAACAAUGGAGAAGAACUUAUCCUUUUUAGCAAGAUGGAGUAUCUAUUUAUAUGUAUUGUUAUUUACGUAUAGGACUUUUAGACAGUUGAUGGAAGUUAUACGGUCAUAAAAGAAGCUAAAACAUAUGAAACCGUCAGUGUAGUCUAUAAUUUGAUUGUUGAUUUGCUCGCUUCUUGAUAAUACAAAAAACUGUGAACCUAAAAUUUAUAUAUCUAAAAUGCCACUGAAAACUGAUUAGAUAGGCAUUUUUGUAGAAUGUAUUAUUUGUUGUUUUUUCUGGACUGCACGUGCUAUGAAUCUCAAUUUUGAAAGUAAGAAUUUUUUAAUGCCUGGCAAAUAUUUGACGUCUUCAGAAACCAAUAAAGGAAUGACGAUGAUUGAA